AUUCCAAACGACUUACGGCUUAAACAUUUCUUACCAUUCAAUCAUUUUUCCUCGUUUUUCAUCGGAAUAUCAAUUGGCGUUAACUUAAGUUCAGUUCAAACAAAAGCAAAUUUCAAUACCUUCAUUCGUUUGACCCUUUGGUUUGUUUUACCGAUAAUUAGUUUGCUAUCAAUUUGUAUAACAUUUUUGUGGAAUAAUAUGACCGCAAGUGAGCCCUCGGUUACACUUUCCAUGUUUUAUAACGGAUUCAGUCGAAUAGCAUUCAUAUCAGCCUUCGCUUGGGUUCUCAAUGAAUGUCUCAACAAAAGAGGAGUAUUUGAGGCGCCGUUUAUUAAUCUAUCGAAACGCAUAUCAAUUGUUGAUGUAAAACAAAACGACCCGGAAACUAAACCAAAGACUAAAGUGAAUAACGUUACGAGUAGUAUGCUUAGAGAAAAGUAG